AAAUCAGCUCACACACCUCCACGGAGCUGUAGGAAACCCCAAAUCCGGAAACCCCACCUACAAUUCUCUCAAUCUCUCUCUCUCUCUCUCUUUCUCUCAAAUGCAAAAUCCUGCUCAAAUCUAUAUUGGGUUCUUUGAUUUGCAUGGAAAUCUGUGAAAUUUGCUUCGGAGGAGUGGAGGAGGAGGCAAAUCUCUUAAAUGCAAUGUGAGGAACACGAGGAGGAGGAAGAAGAAGAAGUGAAAGAAGAAGAGAUUUUCUCUCGGAGGUCCGAUAAUGGUGGCUGCGUUUCCUCAAGCAGCAAUCUCUAGUACUGACCCGCGAAACCCACCUCGAGAUCGGCAAGAAAAACCUCGACCCAUCGCCAGCAAUGGCGGACAACAACAACGACAACAGCAGCGAAGACCCAGAGGGAAACAGGUCCCGUCACGCUACUUAUCCCCUUCUCCUUCUCCUUCUUCUCUUUCUACUUCCUCUAACACUACCAUUACCACUAUCACUACCACUACCACUACCACAUCUUCGUCGUCUUCUUCUUCUGCAAUACUGAAGACAAGUAAGCGAUACCCCUCUCCCCUCCUCUCUCGCCCGACGAAUUCUGCUUCAAAUUUGGUCAAAACACCUUCAUUGUUGCCCAAACGAUCCCAAUCGGUGGACCGGAGACGGCAAUCUCCGGCUCCUGUCGCGGGAGCGAGUGGCACCGAAAUGUCGGCGGCGACAAAGAUGCUCAUCACUUCCACUCGGAGUUUGUCGGUUUCGUUUCAAGGAGAAGCGUUUUCGCUUCCGAUUAGCAAGAAGAAGGAGACUACCACGCCGGUUUCUCACCGGAAAUCUACGCCGGAGAGGCGAAAAUCAACCCCGGUGAGAGAUCAAAGGGAUAACUCUAGGCCUGUGGAUAAUCUUCGAUGGCCGGGAACAUCUCGGAAGGGAAAUUCUGAAUCUGGGUCUAACCCGCUUUCGAGAAGCUUGGAUUGUGGGAUGAAACUAGGAUCUGGGUUUGUGGGCAAAUCACUGUUGCAUCAUUCUUUGAUUGAUGAGAGUCCUAGGGUUUCUGUUGAUGGGAGGCUGAGUUUAGAUUUGGGAAGCUCAGAUGAGUUUUUGGAAGUGAAGGGCGAAAGCAAGCGAAAUCCGGAAAUACAUUCAGCUAAUGAAUUGGCCUCUAAUGUUUCGUGUGAUUUCACUGCAUCUGAUACUGAUAGUGUUUCGUCCGGUAGCACUAACGGUGUUCAAGAAUGUGGUUCAGGUGGUAGUGUUGGUAUCAAUGGUGAAAUUUCUAAAACAAAGAGCUUGCCUCGUAAUAUCAUGGCUUCUGCUAGAUUCUGGCAAGAGACUAAUAGCCGGUUAAGGCGAUUACAGGAUCCUGGUUCGCCUUUAUCCUCUAGCCCGAGUUCAAGAACCGGUAGUACCUCAUCAAAGUUUGGUCAUUCGAAACGAUAUUCUAGUGACGGUCCUUUAGCGUCUCCUCGUAUUAUGGCUUCUCCUACACGAGGAGCUACCCGCCCUUCUUCUCCAAGCAAGCUUUGGGCGACAACCACGUUAUCUCCGGCUAGGGCAAUUUCAAGUCCUGCUCGAGUGAGAAAUGGAGUUGCUGAUCAAAUGAACGCUUACAAUGGCAACACUCCUUCAAUUCUUAGUUUCUCAGCUGAUAUUAGGAGGGGAAAAAUUGGAGAGGAUCGUGUUAUGGAUGCACAUUUGUUGAGGCUUCUGUAUAACCGUUACCUGCAAUGGCGGUUUGUGAAUGCGAGGGCAGACUCUACCUUCAUGGUGCAGAGAUUGAACGCGGAGAAAAAUCUGUGGAAUGCUUGGGUAUCAAUCUCGGAAUUGCGCCAUACUGUUACUCUGAAACGAAUCAAGCUGCUAUUGUUACGGCAGAAACUGAAACUGGCUUCGAUCCUGAGAAAGCAGAUGGGUUACUUUGAAGAAUGGUCCCUUUUGGAGAAAGAUCAUUCAAAUUCUUUGUCUGGAGCAACCGAAGCUUUGAAGGCCAGCACUCUCCGCCUUCCGAUUGUCGGUAAAGCUGUGGCUGAUACUGAAGAUCUCAAGCAUUCUGUCAGUUCAGCUGUCGAUGUGAUGCAAGCUAUGGCAUCUUCCAUAUGCGCAUUAUCCACAAAGGUGGACGAAACGAAUUCUAUAAUGGCCGAGCUCGUGAAUAUCGCUGCAAAGGAAAAGUUUUUGCUCCAGAAGUGUCAAGGUUUCUUGGCAAGGGUAGCAGCCUUGCAGGUAACAGAUUGUAGCAUGAAAACGCACGUAAUACAGCUAAGUCGGAUACCGGUCACAAGCAGCCUGACUUCACAUGUGUAGAAACUGAUGAUCUCUUUCGCCGUUCCUUUUGACUACUCACCAAACAGAUCUGCUAACGUUUACUCCGAGGCCUUCCCGAGAAUCCCGACCUUGUCGUUUUCAACCCGAUCAAGGCGAAAUUCUCGGGGGGGAUAUUGUUCCGUUUCGCCCGAUUUCUCUCUCUGGGUCUUGCCCUAUGUGUAUUGGGAUUUGUUUUGUUUGUGUAAGUCUUUUUGUAUCUGAAGAUAACAGGAGAAAAAUGUUCAAGAAAAGGAAACGAAAAAAAAAAACAGUGGGUGUUGUCUCUGAAGUGCUAGCUUAGUUUGAUUUGUAUACAGAAGAAGAUGGAAUGUACAUAUAAAAAAAAUUGUAAUGUCUGAUAUCACUACUGACCUUAUUUCUCCUUUGAUUCCACUUUUGAUGAAUUUU